AUGAAAAUCUCAAUUUUGUUAUUUCUUUUGAACUUCUGGUUUGUGCUCUCACCUGCUUUUUAUUUCCACUCGGCGGAAAGAGAGGAGAAAUGCAUAAUAGAGGACAUUCCAAGUGACACCUUGAUAACAGCAUCUUUCAAAGUACAGCAGUGGGAUAUAACCACUCAUGAUUUCCUUGAAUCUGCUCCUGGUUUAGGAAUGUUUGUGACCAUUACAACAUUCCGUGAUGAGAUACUGAUGUCCAAAUUGUAUGGACCGCAAGGAACAUUCUCUUUUACAUCCCAUUCACCUGGAGAGCAUAACAUCUGUUUACAGUCUAAUUCCACACGACUUGCGACAUUUGGAGGAAGUAAACUGCGAAUUCAUUUGGACAUUCGAGUUGGAGAACAUGAUCUUGAUUCUGCUAUUGCUCAUGCAAAGGACAAGGUGAACGAAGUUAGCUUCAGAAUCGAACAUCUCAUUGAGGAAAUUGAGCAUAUCGUCAAAGAGCAAAAUUAUCAAAGGGAACGUGAGGAGCAUUUUCGAACGACAAGUGAAGAUACCAACGGCAAUGUUUUCUGGUGGGCUCUUGUGCAAACGUUAAUCCUUAUCUCAGUUGGAAUUUUCCAAAUGAAGUGCCUUAAAGACUUCUUUAUAGCUAAAAAGCUUGUUUGA